AACCGAUAUGUUGCAGAUGACUAUUAUAUAAAGGGCUCAGUAUUGUAAAACUUCAUAAACAUUUCAUCGACAUUUUAGAAAAGAAAAGAAGAAUGAAUAUCUGUGACGUACAUUUAUUGGUUGGAUUGAUGGGAGCUGCAAUUGCAUACCCUGAGUUCCAAAGGAUACGUGUUUUCCACAAUCGUAUGUUUGCUGAUGAAGAUGUGAUGGUUGACGAGGCGGAAGGAUAUGUUAUGGUCACUGUUUCACAUAUAAACGGAACCGGAAUACCUACUAUUAACUUACACGACGCACGUGCGGGUUUCAGCGUUUUGAAGGAUGUUAUGCACGGGAAAUGUCACAUACACAAAUCUUCCCAUACUAUGUCAGAUAUGAAAAAUAGGAUAGAUAGAAUCGGACAUAAUGGUGGAAAUGAAAGGAUAUCGCAAAUCUUUAAAGUUGUUUCAAACAGUCCCAUUCCGUCACAAAACUUAUCUUUCUAUGGGGAUAAAAUAGCAAGUUUUUGUAAAAACUACGAAUCAUACUUUAUGGUACGUUCGCAAGUCGUGACAAAGAGGGAUAUGAUGUAUCUCGCAUCGGAUUUGGCUGCAGAAGCAAGAUGGUGUUUUAUUUGCAUUACAAUAACGAAAGAACUGGCUAAACAGGAGAGUUUAAACAUGCUACCUGAUGGACUGAGUAAAGAGCCAAUUGGGGGACAAUUGUGUGUGGACUGUCUUGGAAAGCGUUAAUAUAUGUUCUGUCUAAUUAUUUUCAUCUUAAAAGCAAUACUGUUUAUAUCUUCUGUUUAAAUAAAAAACACAAUCUAAAUUCA